UGUGAUAAAUUUUACCAUUGUAUAUUUUUCAGAGAAAUAUGAACUGCAACUACGUAGAAUGAUAUAGAAAAAAAUCAGAAUAUCUCUCCGGGACAUUUAACACAAAAGGAUGAAACCACAGACAGAAGUUCUGUCAGAAUCCCCCCGCUCCAGGCUAGAGGAUUUAUGUCCUGAACUCUUGGAGAAAAUCGUCCAGAUGUUGGAUAUGGAGAAUAAGAAGGUUUUGAGACUCGUGAAUACAACUGUUAAGUCCCGAGUCGAGGAUCUGGACUGGAAACGGUUUAAAUACUGGAGAUUUCAACGAGUUUUCACGUCCAGUCUUUUAAUCAAGUUUUCUCAUGAUGUUCACACAAUUCUAGGUUUAGAGGUUCCUCGAACAGAUGGAGAAACCGAAGGCUGGGAUGAAGGAAUUGAUAUCCUUGUUCAAGAUCAUCCGGAGAUUCAACUCAUAAGGAUUGGAAACGAACGAAUUCAGAAUUUGAUCUCUGAUACCAGCCUACAGAUCAUUCUAUUCCUUCCUAAUUUAAUCUCAUUAGAACUCCACAGAACUAAAAUAACAGGAGAAAGAUUGAAAAAUGCGGGAAUCUUUACGCAGAUUGAAACAUUAAAACUUGUCGCGUGUCCUCUGUCUGAUCUAGGUCUUAAGACUAUCCUAGAUAUUUGUGGUAGACAACUGAUAUGUUUAGACGUGAGUAAAACCAAUAUAUCAGGAGAAGCCGAGUUUUCUGAAAAUCGUGUUCUGUUACCAAAACUUGAGCAGUUAAACUGUCAUGGUUGUGUUAAUCUUUCAGAUGUAGGCCUACUUCAGCUCCUUAAACUGUGCCAAAAUUCCAUAAAAACUCUAGACAUAGGACGCACUUCGGUAUCAGGACAAGGUUUAGUGGACCUACAGUCUCUUCCCAGUAUUAAAGAACUAAACUGCCAUUCUUGUUUGAAAUUAUCAGAAUUAGGAUUCGAACAGCUGAUGAAAAUAUGCGGGAAAACUCUGAGUGUUCUGAUCCUGCGCGGAACUAAUAUUUCUGGUGAAAGUUUGAUCAAGGUUGACCGGCUCAGUCUGGUUGAGUUAGACUGCAGCUACUGUACGCAGCUUAGUGACCUAGGUCUACUGGAGAUGCUGAGACUGAGCAGUACAACCCUAGAGAGUCUGGAUAUUGGUGGAACUAAGAUGACCGGAAACCCUUUACCAGACUUCAAGGGUUCUCUAACUUCUCUCCUGAAGUUGGAUUGCUAUCAUUGGUAUUCGCUAACUGAUAUUGGACUCCUGAACCUGUUGGAACUAUGUGGAGAGAGAUUACAGUGCCUGAAUAUAUCAUAUUGUCCAGCUGUUAGUGAUGAAGCGAAACAACAAAUAAAGAAGAAAUACAAGGAUUUGAAAAUCCUUGGCAUUUGAACAAAUCUGGAGUAAAAUAUAUAUUGUUCUCUGGUUG